CUGCAAUAGAUGAUGCAUUAGCUCUUUAUUAUCACAAUUGAUAAUCUAUUAUUCGAUGAAGUGAAGAUGUUUUAGAAUUCAAUUUAAAAAAAUGAAUAAAGCAUACAAUUAAGAAGUAAGAUGGCUCCAUUUUUGAAGGCUUUAAUUAUAUUAGCAUCAAAAUAAUACUUUUUAGAUUAAGGAGUCAUACAUUAAAUUUUAUAAGUAUUGAAUGAAUUCAGAAAUGCAUACUAAAAAUGA